UCUUCCUUGUGUUUGUAUGGAACUCCCUGUAUUCCAGUUUGUGCCCAUUGCCCCUGGUCCUAUUUGGUGCAUACCACUGAAAAAAGUCUGGCCUCACUCACCUGACUACUACUUUGUAGAUAUUUACAAGUAUCGAUAAGAUCUUGUCUCAGACUUCUCUCCUCCAGGCUGAACAGCCCCAGGUCUCUCAGCCUUUCCUCAUAAGAGAGAUAUUCCAUACCUCCAAUCAUCAGCCCUCCACUGGAUUCUCCGUAGAAGAUCCCCAUCUUCCUUAAACUGACAAGCCUAGAACUUGACACAGUAAAUUCAAAUGCUAUGCUGCAGGUAAGCCUUCAACUGAUAUAAUGUUAAUUUAGACUUUGAACCCUUGGUUGGCACCACUAUUAAUUUUUCUAUACUAUUUCUAUAUCUAUUUCUAGCCCAAAUUCAUGAAGAAAUAAGGCCAUUGUGGCCAUGCUACCCUUGUAUGUUCACUUGACUGAAUCUCAUUCAUCCUCCAAGUCCCAGUAACUUUUGAUAGUCUUGGCCAAUUUCUGCCAUUGAGCUGAGAUUACAUUCCUACCUGCAGUCAGACUGGCAGGCAGGUAAAGCUGCUAGAAGGAGGUGUCAGCUGGUUUGUACCAUUUCAGACAACCUAAAAAACAGUAGCAAAUCUGAAAGUCUUGGUACCCGUGGUACUUACUUAAAAAAAAGUAUUAAUAUCGUAAAACUUUAACAAUUAGUAUCGUAGCAUCUGUUUUAAUUAUUAAAGAUAUUGAUGUUGUUUUGAGGGUAAAUUUUUAGGAUCUACCUGUUCGUGCCCUAGUCAUAAGAGGAAAUGACUCCGUUCUUUCCCAAAAAUAGGACAAAUAAGAUAGUUUCACUGCUUCUUUUCUUCUCUUAAAACAGAAGCAUCCAGAAUGGGAGUUUUGUUUUCUUACUACUUUUCACAGACAUUUUGAUUCCUGUGGUUCUUGGAGGUAGCUGCUGGAGUGUGCAGAGACAAAUGGAUGAAGAACAGUAUUCAUCUGGUUGGGAUGAAAAUUACUCACUUGUUAACUUUCCUAAUGAAAGCAAUGUCUGUGAAAUGGGAAGCUAUCAUAGAUUUCAAACCCAUUUCACUACUGUUCUCUAUACUCUGGCAUUUUUGCUCAGCCUGCUAGGAAACACUCUGGUGUUAUGGAUCCUAUUCAAAUAUGAAAACCGUACAUCUUUAACGAACAUCUUCAUCAUGAAUCUUUGUGUCUCUGACUUAGUCUUCUCAUGCAUGCUGCCAUUCUGGGUAGUGGACCAGACCUUCGAGUGGAUUUUUGGUGAGUUCCUUUGCAAGGCAGUGAAUGCCAUUUUCUCCAUUGGCUACUACAGUGGUGUUUUCUUUCUAACUCUCAUGACUAUUUUACGGUACUUGUCCGUUGUGAACCCUCUUUCUACUCUGAGAUCCCAGACACGGUACUGUGGUUCUCUGGUGUGCUUGUUUGUUUGGACUUGCAGCAUUUUAAUUGUAGUUCCUGAGAUGAUUCACACCACGGUGGUGGAAAACUUGAACGAGGUUACCUGUGAUUAUGAUGACUGGAAAUGGAAAAAUGUGGACAUUUAUCAGAGAAACAUACUCUUCCUGAUUUCCUUUGGGAUUAUCGUAUUCUGUUACAUCAAUAUACUGAUCAUUCUGCUUGGAACAAGAUCUCGCAGGAAGCACAGAACUGUGAAACUCAUCCUUGUUAUUGUGGUGGCUUUCUUCCUGAGCUGGGCACCUUACAACAUCCUCAGCUUUCUGAUUACUUUUCCAUCACCUACAUGCCAGUAUGAAAAAGACACCCGCCUCGCCUUUCACAUCAGCCGUAAAAUUGCUUUCUCCCACUGCUGUCUCAAUCCUGUGCUCUAUGUAUUUGCUGGAGUCAAGUUCAAGAGGCAUUUGUUUCGUUUACGCAGACAGUAUUUACCCUGUGGCGAUGAAGUCUCCAGCCCCCGGAUCGGCUCUCAAGGCAAAUUCCACUAUGAAGAUGGGUCCAUCUACUGAAGGGAGACCAAACUAUUAGCUCUAGUCUCAGAUGAACUUUCAGAUUUUAAAGGCCAUGCAUGAUCUCUGAUUCCUAAAGGCUCUUCCCUGAGAAAGUGGCAGAUUUUGUCUUUGCAAACAUAUUGUGUAUGGGAAAUGAUUAGAAGUAUAUUUGCAGGAGGAUGGAGAAACCAAGAAGUGACCUCAGUGGUCUGUAGCUCUUACCUUUAUGCUUUUUGGCACAGUGAUACUUUUUCUCAUUCAUGGUUUUCUUUAGAAAAAGAAAAAAGAAUGCUUGCUUUUUUCUCUGGGAGUUAAAACUUUAGAUCUUAACGUGAAUAGUGGUGCACAUUUCUUUCUUGCCUGAUUUUAAAUAUUCAUAUUGUUUCUAGCAUGGACACUUAAGCAUUUCUGUAGCUUUUAAUGCUUCACAGUAUUUGUUAGUGCUGAACUCACUGAUUUUCUUUGCGUGCAAAUGUUCUUUGACCUAUUGAUAGGCAAAUAUAUACAAAGCCAACAGAGUGCAAAAAAGCUUUUUUUUUUGACCUGCUUCACGCCUGUCUGUAUACUAUAGAUACCUAUAUCUCUGAGGUAUGUGAGCAUCUUAUAAAUGCUUAUGAAAAAAAAAGUCGAGAAUUGUAACAGAAGCACAAAAUAUUUAAACAGUCCUGCCCUGCUCACUUUUUAACAAGUUAUGUAAGUCUGCUUGUAGCUUAAGCAUAUGUUACCAUAUAUCUGAACAUGUAAAGGUGAUGUGAAAUAUUAUCCAAUCAUACUGUUGUCAAUCAUAACCAAAAGUAACUCAUGUAGAGAUUUCUCCUAGUGGUAUAAUAAAGCGGUACUAAUAAAUGUUCAGAAAUUCAAAGGAA